CCUCUUCAUAAGGGAGGUAACUCUAUAUAGCUUGCGGUUCAAUGGUUGCACAGUUGAGACAGGUGGAAGCUUCAACGGUCGUGACGCAGGAAUACUGACUUUACUGUUAGUUAUGGGUUUGUUAAGAAUUGCCGUUAAAGGGUUGAUGUUGUUGAUUGGGUUGGUGGUGUCACUGCUCACCAUAUACUGGUAUUCCUACACAGGUCUGGCAGGAGUAGUUGCAGGCUGUACAGGAAUAUUCCUGGUUGAUGUUCAGCGGAAACGGAAACUUGACAAUCAGUCCUUUGGUGCUGCCAUACAUCAUUAUCUGACUGUAUCCAGUCUGUCGUGGUUGGGAUUCUUUAUGCGACGAAAACUUGAAAAAACUACCAAAAAUAUUCAAAAAGUUCAGGAGGAAACUCUUCUGAAGCAGGUGAAACUGAAUGCUAAUACAGAAUAUGGGAAGAGGUAUGACUUCUCCUCAAUUCAUUCUGUCGAAGAAUUCAUUAAGACUCACCCCAUUACUCGUUACAGUCAUUUUGAACCAUAUAUUGAUCGAAUGGUGAAAGGUGAGACAAAUAUACUGACAGCUGAUCAGCCAAUCAUAUUUGGGGUCACAUCAGGAACAUCUGGAAAGAGUAACAUUCUGCCGAUGGUUAAAGGACAGGCGAUGCGGUUUCUAACCGAUGGUGUAUCAGUGCUGUAUAAUUGUUUGACAGAAGCGUUUCCAGCGUCAAGGAACCUUCAGAAAAAUUUAAAACUGUUUUACAAUCCAAAAUGGCAAUCAGCAUCUGGGAUAAAGAUUGGACCAAAUUCAUCAACGCCAGCAAGGUCACAGAAUCUCUUGCACAUCUAUACUACACCGAAAGUAGCAUUUGAAGUUCUUAGUGAACCUGAGGCACUUUACCUGCACUUGUUGUUCGCUCUGAAGGAAAAGAAACUUGGCAUGUUGGAGGCAAAUUUCUCCUCUCUUAUAUUCAAUUCAUUCAGGACUAUGGAAGAAAAAUGGAACCUUUUGGUUGAUGAUAUUGAAAAAGGCAGAAUCAAUCCAGACUUGAAUAUUGAGGAGCGUAUUUGUAAGGAAUUAAACUCAUUAAUGAAGCCCGACCCAGAACGUGCCUUGGAACUUAGAGAUGCUUACAAGGAAGGUAUUGUUGGUUUGGGACGACGAAUAUGGCCAGAUGCCUCCGUUGUGAUUGGGGCAGACACAGGAACAUUUGAGUUUUAUGGGACAAAACUGCGUGAAACAUAUUUGAAGGGCAUUCCCCUGUAUUCUCCCAUCUAUGCAGCUUCUGAGGGACUUAUUGGUGUGAACGUCUGGCCCAAGCAAUACCCCAGCCGAUACCUCCUUGUUCCGACAUCACAAUUCUUCGAGUUCAUUCCAAUUGACAGAGCAGAAGAACCUCAGCCUGACACUCUGCUUAUGCAUCAGGUUGAAGUGGGUAAAGAGUAUGAGCUAGCCAUCACCAACCUCAGCUGCGUCUACAGAUACAGGUUCGGAGAUGUUGUCAAGGUGACCGGCUUCUACAACCAGUGUCCAAUCAUUGAGUUCAAAUACAGACAAGGCCAGUUCCUGAAUGUUCGUGGGGAGAAGACCUCUGAGUCUUCCUUCUACUCCGCUCUCAGUGGGACGGUGCCGUCCUGGUCAGAUGUCAACCUCACUGAUUACUGCUGUGCUGAAAGCAUCUAUCUCGAUGAUGCCGGAAUACUCUCAAGUAUAGUUGGCAGCACACCGUGUUAUCACGUGUUUCUGGAGGUCGAGCCAUCCAAGUCGGGAGCGGCACCAACAGUUCCGAACGCAGACAGAAACAAGAUUGACGAGACUUUGAGUAGCCAGUCUUAUGUUUACUCUUCCUUCCGAAAGAAGGGAAGCAUCGGACCAAUGAAAGUCCAUUUUGUCAGGCCAGGCUCGUUUGCCGAACUUCGGCAUUUCAUGAUCCAGAACACCACAGCCUCCUCUGUACAGUACAAAGUUCCCCGAGUUCUCAAGAGGAAGGAGGCUGUCAAGUUUAUGAUGGAUCGGGUCAUCAGCUAGGGAGCGAGCUACAACAAACUGUAUAAACUAUCAGAAUAGUCCCCACCUUUGAACAUCCACAGUAUGCCUCCAUUCAUUUGUGAUAUGCCCUGAACCUGUUCCCAAAUUUUGCUUCAUUAUUAAACUGGUUCUAGUGACA